AUUUGUAGGAGUUGUGUGUUUGGAUUAAAGUGGUGUAUUCUCAACACGCGUUACGCCGAAAAGAGCAAGGUUGGUUUUGGAGUUGUGUAUUGGUGAGGACAUCAGGUGAAGAGAGAAGGGAAGUUGGAGUGUUCUCGUUGCACGUGUCUGAAAGAAGUUUCGGGAACUGUUUGUUCCUGAUUGAAAAUUUCUUCGAAAGCUUUCGAUAUUGCUGUGAGAUCAGUUAUCAGUGACAUACAGUAUUUUGUGAGAGAUCAGCCUAUAUAUACGUCAUUUGGUACAACCAGUGUAUGUACUUUACGUGAUCAAAGAGGGAGUGACCGUACACUACUACUACUACUACUACUACUACUACUACUACUACUACCUCUACUAUCACUACUGUCGAGACUUAGAAACAAAGAGAACGAUGGUGAAGACUGAAGAUGGUGUAAGACUUUACUUUAGUUUUGUUUAUCGGGAGGAGAGUUAAAGGUACGAGCAAGAACAGGUAAGACACGUCCACUAAGGUGAGAUGUAAUCCCCCUUUAUUGCGCUGUUAACACCGGUGGCUAUCUGUGAUACUUGUUUUGCUGUGAAGAAACAAAAAUGGCUUCGACUGAUAAAAUCAGUAAACAAAGCUGUGGAUAAUAAAGGCUGUAUUUUUCACGAGCACUAGUUUCUAAAGUUGAAUUCAAAUAAGUUAAACAGUUAAAACAGGUGCUGCAUGUAUCCAUCCUGUGCUUUCUGUCUUGAAACUUCAGCAUCUCUUCUUUUCUUGUGUUGGGUGGUGUGAGAUUGGUCGAAUGCAAAAUUUUUUAAAGUGUUUAGGGCGAUGGACUUGAACCAGAGCAGUUCCGGAAAAUGUUCAUUGGUGGUUUGUCGGCAACAACGACUGAUGAAGCACUCAAGGAGUUCUAUUCUCAAUGGGGUGAGCUAGUGGAUUGCAUUGUGAUGAGAGAUCCAGCAACAAAGCGUUCACGGGGCUUUGGAUUUGUUAGCUUUUCCAAGCAAUCCGAGGUUGAUGCAGCAAUGGCGGCUAGGCCACAUGUGAUUGAUGGAAAAACUGUUGAUCCAAAACGAGCUGUACCGCGUGAUCAGUCGGCUCGUAGCGAAGCAAAUGUUUCCUCCAAACGAUUGUAUGUUUCCGGUGUUCGUGAGGAGCAUACCGAACAAAUGUUUGAAGAUUAUUUCAGUCAGUUUGGCAAAGUAUUGAAGGUAGAAAUUAUAGCUGACAAAAAUACCGGGAAACCGAGAGGAUUCGCUUUUAUCUCCUUUGAUGAUUAUGAUCCGGUAGAUAAAUGUGUGCUGCAAAAAAGUCAUCAAAUUCACAAUUAUCGUUGUGAUGUGAAGAAAGCUUUAAGCAAAGAAGAGAUGGCGAAGGCUCAGCAACUAGAUCGAGAGCGUACAGAGAGAAUGGGACGAUCACGAGGUACAAUGAGACCUGAUCGAUAUGGCGGUGGACCAGGAGGCUAUGGUGGAGCGUGGGGUGGACCUGGUGGUCCUCCUAGUGGUCAGUGGGGACCACCUUCUGGAGGUGGUGGUGGUUAUGGUGGAGGCUAUGGGGGGUAUGGUGCUUCAGCUGGAGGAUGGGGUCCAAGUGGUGAUGCCCCAGGUGGCUGGGGUGCUGCUGCUCAAGGUGCUUGGAACGGUUCGCAGUCUGCAUCCUCAGGUUGGAGUGGCAGCAGUGGUGGUGGACAAGGUGGUUGGCAAGGAAGUGGUGGUAAUGGACAACAAUGGGGUGGAUCUUCUGGAAAUUCAGGUCACGCCGGUUGGGGUGGCCGCUCAUACUGAAUUGUAUCUAACCCGAAUGAUCCGCGUUGUUUUGUUUCAUUUUGUUGUAUUGUUAAAUGCAGUGGUACUUUCUAUAGUCGUUUACUCACAGUUGUUAUACCAUUUCAACUGAAUAUUAUUACAAUUACACCUUUUUUUCGACGUCAUUAAAAUUCUUCAGCAGCUUUUCCGAAAUUGUCAGUGUUUUUAUUCAUCGUAGUAUUUAUUUUCUUUGAUUAGAAGUUGUAUAAGGGAGGAUAUUUAACGAAUGGUGGGAGGCAAUGCAUAGAGUUGAGGGAAUUCAGCCAAUUUUAUAUGCAAUUGUGGUCACACAGGUUAAUUUAAAAUGAUUUUACAAAUGCGUUUUUUUCCCGGGCAUG